GGAACUCCUAGUCCCACAGAGCUGCGCGCUCGCCUCGACUCCCUGGUAGCCACCGCCUCCACCUAGCGGGCUGCGAAACCGGGGUGUUCUGGGCGACCGAGCUGCGAGAGCGAGCCGCCGUUGGGGUUGCGGAGCGGCCCGGGAGGCCGGGAUGGAGCCGCCCGGAGGUGCCUGAUCGGGCGGGCCGAGCGGCGGCGGCAGACGGCCGGCCGCGCCGGCGGGGAUAUGGCUCACCUCCGAGGCUUCGCGCAUCAGCACUCUCGUGUGGACCCAGAGGAACUCUUCACCAAGCUUGACCGCAUUGGCAAGGGCUCGUUUGGGGAGGUGUACAAAGGCAUCGACAACCACACCAAGGAGGUGGUAGCCAUUAAGAUCAUUGACCUGGAGGAGGCUGAAGAUGAGAUCGAGGACAUCCAACAGGAGAUCACUGUGCUCAGCCAGUGUGACAGUCCUUAUAUUACCCGCUACUUCGGCUCCUACCUGAAGAGCACCAAGCUGUGGAUUAUCAUGGAGUACCUGGGUGGUGGCUCUGCACUGGACCUGCUGAAACCUGGUCCCCUGGAGGAGACCUAUAUUGCCACCAUCCUGCGGGAGAUCCUGAAGGGCCUGGAUUAUCUUCACUCAGAGCGCAAGAUCCACCGAGACAUCAAAGCUGCCAAUGUGCUGCUCUCAGAGCAGGGUGAUGUGAAGCUGGCAGACUUCGGGGUAGCAGGGCAGCUCACAGAUACACAGAUCAAGAGGAACACGUUUGUGGGUACUCCCUUCUGGAUGGCACCUGAGGUUAUCAAGCAGUCAGCCUACGAUUUCAAGGCUGACAUCUGGUCCUUGGGCAUCACAGCCAUUGAGUUGGCCAAGGGGGAGCCUCCAAACUCUGACCUCCACCCCAUGCGCGUCCUGUUCCUGAUUCCCAAGAACAACCCACCCACACUGGAGGGCCAUCACAGCAAGCCCUUCAAAGAGUUUGUGGAGGCCUGCCUCAACAAGGACCCCCGAUUUAGGCCCACUGCCAAGGAGCUCCUGAAGCACAAAUUCAUUACACGCUACACCAAGAAGACCUCCUUUCUCACUGAGCUCAUCGACCGCUACAAGCGCUGGAAGUCUGAGGGGCACGGCGAGGAGUCUAGCUCUGAGGACUCUGACAUUGAUGGCGAGGCUGAGGACGGGGAGCAGGGCCCCAUCUGGACGUUUCCCCCGACUAUCCGGCCAAGUCCACAUAGCAAGCUGCACAAGGGGACAGCUCUGCAUGGCUCACAGAAGCCUGCUGAGCCUGUCAAGAGACAGCCAAGGUCCCAGUGCUUGUCCACACUUGUCCAGCCUGUCUUUGGAGAGCUCAAAGAGAAACACAAACAGAGCGGUGGGAGCGUGGUUGCCCUGGAGGAGCUAGAGAAUGCCUUCAGCCUGGCUGAGGAGUCCUGCCCCGGCAUCUCAGACAAACUGAUGGUGCACCUGGUGGAGCGUGUGCAGAGGUUCUCACACAGCAGGAACCACCUGACAUCUACCCGCUGAGUAUGCUGUUCUUCAUAGAGAAGAGUGCUUUUUGUUUUGCGCUCUGAAAGGACCGACUUGGAAGCCCCUUUGUGCUGUGUUGCAACUACAAGGACAGGCCAGCCUGCAGGCCUCACAAGCCUGCCUUCUGGUCAGGUCACCUUCCUUCUGCCCCACCAUAGUGUGCUGCCUCACACAGCAGCCACUGUACACCAGUGCCCACCUCCUACUUGCUUGGCUGAAGCUGUCAAGUAGCCAGGAGCCCUUGGGAAAACUGGGCAGCCAUUUGGGGGCUAGCAUGGCGUUUUAGACUCCGAGGCCCCUGCAGCUGCCAGACCAAGGAGCAGAGCAACUAUUGGCCAGCUCUGGCUCCUCCCCUACUCCAGGGACAUUAUCUUGGGUGGGUGGGGCGGGGGGGAGUCGCAUGGUAGCCCAAGAUGGUCAUUCUUUGCCUUGUGGUGUCAGUUCAGGUACUGUGUGUUCUCAUGAGUACUCGAAUCAUCCAGAAUAUUUUGUUUUUUAAAGAAACUUCUUGCUAAGCAUUCUAAGAGUAAGGUGUUAGUUUUCAUAGAGCAUUGAAGGCCCCACUACUUUCAAUAAAGACCUGGAUUGGA